CAUGCACUUGUACUUGGAAAUCCAUCAUUUUUCAAUUGGUUUAGAUGCUGGAAUUGACCUUUGCUACUGUAGCCAUCCCCUCUGACAAGAUGGGCUAGUCUUUUUGCGCUUUGGUUGGGCUGCGACACUGUGAAAGGACUGCGUCAUUUGGGGUGUGGGAUCAUCGGGUGGUGGUGGGAUCAAUGCCUUUGUGCAUUGAGGAAGCCGCCUCUUGGGCUGCUUGAAGCUGGAGCGCCCGCGUCUGUAAUUCUCGACAGGAGUAUUCCCAUAGAGUUCAAGUUGUGCUUCCCCCUACCCUCCUUGGCAUCGUCACUUCUAGGAGAACAAGUACUCAACCAAGGACAAAGCUUAGAAUUCAGGACUUUCCAGGUAGCGAGGCAGGCCAGAGCAUAAUUGGGGCGAUGGACUCAGUCAGAAGUGUAAUAUCUGAUGCAGAAAUCGCUUAUAAUUUGCAGUUGAUUGAAUUAGCUGAUCCUUCCCCAGAGCCUUCCUCGCGAAAUGACCAAGGGUCUUCCUGGAAUCAAGCAUCUUUGUCCACGAGUUGGUCUGUCGUGGGAUCCCCAACACAAAAACGCAGUUCAGAACUCGACCUAAAACAAAAAGAAGGUUCCCAGUCUCGGAUUACAGAAAGUGAUAAUACGAACAUUACUUUUGACAACGAACUCUUCUUUGAAAUUGAAUGUGAUAUAUGUACGGAAUUGCGGCCUCACACGUCAUUCAUUAGCACUUCCGGGUGCCAACAUGAGUAUUGCAUUGAUUGUUGCAAGAAGCAUGCGGAAAUGAAGAUCUCGACCGGAAAGGCUCAGAUUCCAUGCCCUCUCCCCGAUUGCGGGCACUCGUUCGACAUUGACCAGUGCAGUGACCUGCUCUCGAAACAGAGCCUUGAGAUUCUUAAUACGCGACAAACGGAAUUUGCCAUCCCAUCGUCGCAGAAGGUCUACUGCCCCUUCAGUGGUUGUUCGACAUUGAUGGAGAACUCUAAUGGCAUCAGCUCUGUUUACAAGGAGAGAUUUGUAGAAUGCGGUUCAUGCCACCGUGGAUUCUGUGUCAAGUGCAACGUUCCAUGGCACGCGGACAUGACUUGUGCUCAGUAUCGAGCAGAGAUGGGAAAUGUACUCGAAAAUGGAGAUGAGAAACUUAAAGACCUAGCCCAGAGACAGAAAUGGCAGGUUUGCAAAGUGUGCCAGCGGUUUAUCGAGCUCGCAGAAGGGUGCUACCACAUGACUUGUUUAUGUGGCAAUGAGUUUUGCUAUACCUGUGGAGCCAAGUGGAGCAAUGGGCGAGCCAGCUGUAACUGCAAACUCUUUGAUGAGGAACACAUCGUGACGCCUAGAAGGCACGGACCAAGAGUGAGGCCAAGAGUGUAAUCUAUGUACCUACAAUCUUUGGUGGAACCGACAGUUUUCGGACAGUUUUUGAUGUCCUUGGUAACAACUCAAGACAGCCCUUUGUUUAGUAGAUGGAGUUCCACUGGAUAGAGAAGCAUAAAAGAAGGGCUAACCUUAAAUCCUCUGCAUUAGGGCAGUUGGGAAGUUGCAGAGUACGCCCACUAUGCUUAAGGAGAUUCACAUUUUGAGUUAGGCUUGUGGAGUUUCCUACAUGUUAGAUUAACUGUACAAAAAAUCAAAGUGAGGUUUCAGCCUACAUUUGUUCCUUGAAUAAAUAGCAUGUCUACUAAAAAAUUAGCAAUCGUACAAUCACCUACAAAGUUCCAUCA